AACAUGUGCAUGCAGGACCCACUCCUCUUUCACCCUUCUUCAUUCUCCACCAUUCAACUCAACUCACCAAAACUCACUUUACUUCAACCACAACCUCAGCUUUGACUCUUCACCGUCUUCACUCUCCGAUCCAAUGCCGCCGGAAAGUGACGUCACCGUCUCCUCUUACCGGCUCCGCUGGGACGUCUUUCUCAGCUUCCGGGGCACCGACACGGGCCACACCUUCACCAUGCGCCUUUACCACGCUCUCCACGGGCGUGGCGUUCGCGUCUUCCGAAAAGAAGAUGGGUUGGAGCGCCGCGACGAGAUCCAGAAGAAGCUUCUAGAAGCCGUGGAAGACUCUGCCGCCGCCGUCGUCGUUAUCUCUUCCGAUUACGCGUCCUCGCACUGGUGCCUGGAAGAGCUCGCAAAGAUUUGUGACGUUGGGAGGCUGAUCCUCCCGGUUUUCUACUGGGUGGACCCUUCGCACGUGCGAAAGCAAGAGGGUCCCUUCGAGGAUUGGUUCUUGCGGCAUGCAGAGAGGUUUCCGAAAGAGAGGGUUGAGCAGUGGAAGAAUGCGAUGAAGAAAGUGGGUGGACUUGCUGGUUUUGUUUUGGAUGAGAAAAGUGACAAGAGUGAUGAACUCAUUCAGAUUUUGGUGCAAAAUCUUAUGAAGCAGCUGAGGAACACACCACUGAGUGUGGCUCCAUUCACAGUAGGUCUCGAAGAUAGAGUUGAAGUGUUGAAAAACCUGUUAGACUUAAAAUCCAGCGACGUAAGGGUUUUGGGGUUGUACGGAAUGGGUGGAGUUGGUAAGACAACGUUAGCCAAGAGCCUCUUCAACAACCUUGUUGUUCAUAAUUUUGAGCGACGGAGUUUCAUUCCAAAUGUCAGAUCACAGGUCUCCAAACACCACGGUUUGGUUUCUCUUCAAAACAAAAUCCGUGGUGAUCUUUGUGGGAGAAAAGAGGAUCUGAUAAACGAUAUCAGCGACGGCAUUUCUGCUAUACAAAAAAUAGUGCAAGAGAAUCGAGUUUUGUUGAUCCUAGAUGAUGUUGACGAUGUGGAGCAGCUUAACUUUUUGAUGGGUAAGAGGGAAUGGUUUUACAAGGGAAGUCGUGUCGUGAUAACCACAAGGGAUAAAGAAAUCUUGCACGAGAGUUAUGUUGAUGUUGAUUAUGAGGUGAAGGAAUUGGAAUUCUCUGAAGCAAUGGAACUGUUCUGCUUCCAUGCAAUCAGAAGAAAGGAACCUGCAGAGGGUUUUUUGGAUGUUUCAAAACAAAUUGUGGAGAAGACAGGAGGGUUGCCUUUGGCUUUGGAAGUUUUUGGGUCUUAUCUGUUUGAUAAAAGGACCAAGAGGGAAUGGAAAGACGCUUUGGAGAAGCUGAAGCAGAUUCGUCCUGCAUGUCUUCAAGAUGUGCUGAAGAUAAGUUUUGAUGCGUUGGAUGAAGAAGAACAGUGUAUAUUCCUUGACAUGGCUUGUUUGUUUGUGCAAAUGGAAAUGAAGAGAGAUGAUGUGGUUGACAUAUUGAAUGGAUGUGAUUUUAGCGGAGAGAUUGCAGUGGCUGUGCUCACUGCAAGAUGUCUGAUUAAGAUCAUUGGUGAUGGAAAAGUGUGGAUGCAUGAUCAAGUUAGAGACAUGGGAAGGCAAAUUGUUCGUAGUGAAAGCCUUACUGAUCCUGGUCUACGAAGCAGGCUCUGGGAUCGUGAUGAAAUCUUGACUGUGUUGAAGAAUAUGAAGGGAACGAGAAAUGUUCAAGGAAUUGUCCUAGAUUGCGUGAAGAGAAGAAUGUCCAUUCCCAGAGAUAGUACAGCAGAGGAAAUUACAUGGGAAAAUUUUCGACGCAAGCCCAGUUGCAAAUCUGCAUUCGAGUAUAUUAAAGAGAGGUAUAAAAAGUACGUAGAGGAUAGAAAAGAGAGAGCAAAAGAGGUUAUCCUUCAGCCCAAGCACUUUCAACCAAUGGUUUCCUUAAGAAUGCUUCAAAUUAAUUAUUCCAGAUUGGAAGGACAAUUUAGAUUUCUUCCUCCAAAACUCAAAUGGUUACAAUGGAAACAGUGUCCAUUAAGGUAUAUGCCUUCUAGCUAUAAUCCAUUAGAACUUGCAGUCAUGGAUCUCUCUGAAAGUCUGAUUGAAACCUUGUGGAAGGGACGCAGUAACAAGGUGGCUGAGCACUUGAUGGUUUUAAACCUCUCCAGUUGCCACCGUUUGACAGCAACUCCUGAUUUAUCUGGGUAUCUGUCUCUUAAAAAACUUAAUUUGGAAGAAUGUUCUCACUUAACUAGGAUUCAUGAAUCACUGGGGAAUCUAAAUUCCUUAGUUCAUCUUAACUUGCGCCUCUGCUAUAACCUCAUAGAACUACCAGGUGAAGUCUCUGGGCUGAAACAACUCGAGGACCUCGUUCUUUCCGGCUGCUGGAAACUGAAAGCAUUACCAAAAGACUUGAGCUGCAUGGUUUCUUUAAAACAACUACUUCUUGAUAGCACUUCUAUAACAGAGCUUCCCGAAUCCAUCUUCCAUCUCACAAAACUUGAAAAGCUGAGUGCAAAUGGAUGCCACUCACUGAAGAGGUUACCUACCUGCACUGGGAAACUUUGCUCCCUGCAAGAAUUAUCACUCAACCAUACAGCAUUGGAGGAAUUGCCAGAUUCAGUUGGUUCUUUGGAAAAACUUGAGAUGCUUAGUUUGAUGGGGUGUAAGUCACUCUCAGUGAUUCCUAACUCUACUGGGAAACUAAUUUCAAUGACUCAAUUGUUUUUGAAUGGCAGUGGAAUCAAAGAAUUGCCUGCUUCUAUUGGUUCUUUGUCAUAUUUAAGGAAGCUGUCUGUUGGAGACUGUACUUCUCUUGACAAAUUUCCUGUCUCAAUGGAAUUAUUAGUUUCUAUUGUUGAACUUAAGUUAGAUGGCACAAAAGUUUCCAAUUUUCCAGAUGAAAUAUUUGUGGGCAUGAAAAUGCUAGAGAAGCUCGAGAUGGGAAAAGUUCAGCUUCUCAAGUUUGUACCAGAAUCAUUUGGGUGCCUCUCAGCUCUUACCAUUUUGGACAUGCAUGAGUCAAACAUUACUGAAUUGCCAGAAUCAAUAGGAAUGUUGGAAAAUCUUAUUGGACUGAGGUUAGACAAGUGCAAACAGCUCCAAAGGCUUCCAAACUCCAUUGGAAAUUUGAAAUCUUUGCAAUGGCUAAUGAUGAAGGAAACAGAAGUUACACGAUUACCAGAUAGCUUUGGCAUGCUCAGAAGCCUGGUUGAACUAGACAUGAAAAGAAUGCCCUAUCUUAAUAAUAAUGGGGCUGGAACAAACAUGUCCACAGUGACAAUAAUUCCUAACAUCCAAGAACAACCUAAUUCAGAGGCAAUCCUAUCUUCUUUUUGCAAUCUAACCUUUCUGGAAAAGCUAAAUGCUCAUGGAUGGGGAAUAUAUGGAAAAAUUCCAGAUGAGUUUGAAAAACUGUCAUCACUAGAAACUUUAAGUUUAGGUCACAACAACAUUUGCAGUCUUCCAGCGAACAUGAUGAGUCUCUCCUAUCUUAAAAAACUUUUGUUAUCAAAUUGCAGAGAGCUCAUGUUUCUGCCUUCUCUUCCCUCUAGCCUUGAAGAGCUAAAUCUGGAAAACUGUGUUGCAGUGCAGUACAUACAUGAUAUUUCAAACUUGGAGCGAUUAGAAGAGUUCAACCUUACAAAUUGUGAAAAGGUGGUCGAUGUCCCAGGUCUUGAACAUUUGAAGUCCUUAAGAAGGUUGUACAUGAGUGGUUGCAUUGGAUGCUCCCUUGCCGUAAAGAGAAGAUUUUCCAAGGUUGUACUUAAGAAAUUAGAGAUUUUGAUUAUGCCUGGAAGCAGGGUCCCGGAUUGGUUUACAGCAGAACCGGUAGUGUUUUCCAAGAGAAGAAAUAGGGAGCUGAAAGGUGUUAUUUUUUUCGGUGUUCUCUCUUUCAAGAACAUACCUGAAAACCAAAGGGAAAGACUGCAGUUAGAAGAUGUUCAAGGAAAAAUCUUUAAUUUGAGCAGUGAGGUAUUUAGCACAACGUUUCGCCUGCUAGGAGUACCUGGGACAAAUGAAGACCACAUAUUUUUGCGCAGAUUUGGUGCUCGAACUCCGUUAGUCUUUCAGUUGAAAGAUAGGUAUACCUUACAUUUGCAAAUGCGAAACCCUCCUCGUGUUAAUGGGUUGGAGCUUAAUAACUGCAGAAUUCAUUUAGUUUAUUAUGGUGAUGAUGAUUAUGAGGGAGACGAAGGAUCACUAGAAGAAAGUCAAUUCUCUGUUUCACAAAAAUUAGCCAAGUUCUUCAACUUUGCUGCAGAGGACCAUGCAUGCAUCUGAAUAAAGUUCUUCAACUUGCUUGAA